CCGCCGCCGCCGCCGCCGCCGGACAGCCGCUGCCGGACAGCGCCGGAGGAUGCAACGCAGAGCAGCUCAGGACGAGGUUUGACAUUGACGACGAAACGGUAUGAAAUCGGAUGUUCUGACUGGAAUCAUUUCCAGUGUUCUAAGAACCAAAGCAUCUAGGCUGGAUGGAAUUUAGCAUCAGAAAAAGUCCUCUUUCUGUUCAAAAAGUUGUAAAGUGCAUGAAGAUGAAGCAGGCACCAGAAAUCCUUGGCAGUGCAAAUGGAAAGACUCAGAACUGUGAAGUGAAUCACGAAUGUUCUGUAUUCAUCAGCAAAGCUCAACUUUCUAACAGCCUACAGGAAGGGGUCAUGCAGAAAUUUAAUGGCCAUGAUGCACUCCCCUUUCUUCCAGCAGAGAAGUUGAAAGAUCUUACUUCCCGUGUGUUUAACGGAGAACCUGGUGCUCAUGAUGCAAAAUUGUGUUUUGAGUCCCAGGAAGUGAAAGGAAUUGGGACACCACCCAAUACAACCCCUAUCAAAAAUGGCUCUCCAGAAAUUAAACUGAAAAUCACCAAAACAUACAUGAAUGGGAAACCGCUUUUUGAAUCUUCAAUUUGUGGUGACAGUGCUGCUGAUGUGUCUCAGUCAGAAGAAAAUGGACAAAAAUUGGAUAAUAAGACUAGGAGGAACAGGAAGAGGAGCAUAAAAUAUGACUCUUUACUGGAGCAGGGCCUUGUGGAAGCAGCUUUAGUGUCCAAGAUCGCAAGUCCUGCAGAAAAAAAGAUUCCAGUUAAAAAGGAGUCCUGUCCAAAUCCUGGCCGAGACAGAGACCUCUUGUUGAAAUACAACGUUGGUGACUUGGUAUGGUCCAAAGUGUCGGGUUACCCUUGGUGGCCUUGCAUGGUUUCUGCUGAUCCACUUCUUCACAACCAUACCAAACUUAAAGGUCAGAAAAAAAGUGCACGGCAGUAUCAUGUCCAAUUCUUUGGUGAUGCCCCAGAAAGGGCUUGGAUAUUUGAGAAGAGUCUUGUUGCUUUUGAAGGAGAAGAACAAUUUGAAAAAUUAUGCCAAGAAAGUGCCAAGCAGGCACCCACGAAAGCUGAGAAAAUCAAGUUGUUAAAACCUAUUUCAGGGAGAUUGAGAGCCCAGUGGGAAAUGGGCAUUGUCCAAGCUGAGGAAGCUGCUAGCAUGUCAGUAGAGGAGCGGAAAGCCAAAUUUACCUUCCUCUAUGUGGGGGACCAGCUACACCUUAACCCUCAAGUGGCUAAGGAGGCUGGCAUUGCUACAGAGCCUUUGGGAGAAAUGGUGGACUCUUCAGGGCCCAGUGAAGAAGCUACUGUAGACCCUGGGUCUGUGAGAGAAGAGGAUAUUCCCAUGAAGAGAAGGCGAAGAGCCAAAAGAUGUAGUUCUGCAGAGAACCAAGAGGGUGACCCUGGCGCGGAAAAGACUACCCUUCCAAAGAUGGCAGAUGCUGAACCUAAGAGAGGAGUGGGAUCUCCUCCUGGAAGGAAGAAGUCCACAGCUUCUGCUCCACGGAGCAGGAAGGGAGACUCAGCAUCCCAGUUUUUAGUCUUCUGUCAAAAACACAGGGAUGAGGUUGUAGCUGAACACCCAGAUGCCUCGGGGGAAGAGAUAGAAGAAUUGCUUGGGUCCCAGUGGAACAUGCUUAAUGAAAAGCAGAAAGCACGAUAUAAUACAAAGUUUUCCCUAAUGACCUCUGUCCAGGCUGAAGAAGACUCUGGUAAUAUAAAUGGGAAAAAAAGAAAUCACACAAAGAGAACAGAUGAUCCUCCAGAGGAUGUCGAUGUUGAAGAUGCACCCCGGAAAAGACUUAGGACAGAUAAGCACAGUCUUCGGAAGAGAGAGACAAUCACCGACAAAACGGCCCGAACAAGCUCUUACAAGGCCAUAGAGGCAGCCUCCUCGCUCAAGAGCCAGGCAGCAACGAAAAAUCUGUCUGAUGCUUGCAAACCACUGAAGAAGCGAAAUCGGGCUUCUGCAACAGCAUCUUCAGCACUUGGGUUUAGCAAAAGUUCAUCUCCUUCUGCAUCCUUAACUGAGAAUGAGCUUUUAUGGGAGCCCACAUCAGUCAAGUUGGACUUGAACUCAGCCGCCCUGUACUGCACUUAGAAUGGUGUAAUACCCCAAGAUGUCUGCUGCAGGUGGUGCAUCAUCGUAUACACUAAGUGACAUUUCUAUCACAAUCAUUUUAUGGAAGAUGUGUGAUAAUCUGUUUUUACUGGUAUUAAUAAACACAUACAAUGAAGAAAACAGAUAACAAAUUUUAAGACCAAGGUAAGAUACCCAAUCAAGGCCAUUUAAUCAAUCACAUUCAUCUCAUAAUAGAAACACAUUCAUAUUCUAAUGAUCAGUCUAAAUUUGAAGUUGAGGAAACCCUUCAAUUGAGGCUAUCCCAGAGCUCUGACAGUGGCACCAUAUUGAAGGGAUUAUCCUGUUAAGGCUCACUUUUUCCUCUAAUUCAUAUAACUUACUGAAUUUUUAUGGAAAAAUGUCAGCAUCCGUUCCAUCCGUAAGAAAGAACAAGCAGGACACAUUAAGGGUCUUUUGUCAGAUAUUUUCAUUGUUAAUGAAAUGUAUUAGUAUUGUAGAUAUUAAACCAGUUUUCCCACAUUAAAGGCAGGAAGAGUUUUGAUUCUGUCCUUUUUUACUUGACAGUUUUACUAUGACACUAGACACAGUAGAUUUUUAGGGAAAAAAAUACCAUUUCCAGUAUCAUUGUGAACCAUUCAACUCUUGAUCCAGUCACUAAUAUUGAGAAGAUACCAUAAUCAGGUUAUUAUGGCAACAACCACAUCACCAGUUGCUUUAUAGAACAUCAGCAUCAUGUUUUAAACGUUGUGGUCCUGGAUGCCCAGCUGGAGCAUACCUAGGUGCCCGCAUGUUUGCAUGGGAGGAAAGGCUCCACUUGCCCUCAGCUCAAGAAACAGAGUUUGUGCACGGGGUGUGUGAAUGGUACCCAGGCCGUUCCGCACAGACACCUCAGUGUUGGACCUGUGAUGAAAGUUUCUGAGAAGUACUUUUGUUCAAAACCAUUAAGUAAUGUAACGCAUGUAAAACACGUACAGUGCCUGGCACCUUGCAAGGACUCAGUGGUUCACUAUUGUGACAGUAAUGGUUAUUACAAUAAAAAUAACAAAAAUCACCAUCAUUCCAUUUUUAUCCAAAAGUAUAAAUUUUGCUUUGGCAUGAAAAAUGAUCCUCUUGACUGCAUCGUGCAUGUGCGGAUAAAAUAAAUCCAGGUGUAGCAGAACCCUAGCUCUGUUUGUGUGACACAGUAGGUAUUAGACUAUGAGGCUACAGUCUCGUAGGUUACUCAGCUGGCUCUGCUCAAAUGUAAUGAGAGACAUAACCUCAGAGAAUACCUAAUGGAAGCAUUCUAAGUUGUACUGUUCUUAAAGGACAUGAAAGAUCUCAGGUAAUUUAAAAAUAGAAAUCACACAAUUAAAAAGUACGCGAAGAAAUAUGAUGGUGUAGAAAUGGCCCUGGUUCAAGAAGUGGUUUCUCACAAGUAAAGAUACUAUCCUGAAAGGUCUUGAGCAAAAAUGAAGGGAUUUCAUUUGAAAUGAGAGCAUGAUGAAUUUUGAGUGAGUGCCCAGGAAGUAGCUGGAGGACAGACUCUGUGCUCUGUGGUGGGAAAGUGAGGACUUCAGAACCAGUGGUGACAACCGCAGAGUAGCACAGUUAGUACCUGCUGAGUUCAGAGAAUAAAAGGGGAACAAGAGUGGGCAUCUUGGAAUAUUCAUCAGCUGGGGAAGACAUAACCACCUUGGGGCAAGGGUGGGAGCAGGGUUCUUAGCAGUCUUCAGUGAGUGCAGAGUGUAGGUUUUCCUGCCCCAGAGACUAGUGGUGGUCUCACAGCAAAUAAGCAGAGUUCCAUGUCAGCUCUUAGCUGAACUCUCCUCAAGGAGGUGUGUAGAAAAGAGACUCUUGUUUAAAUCAGUCCAGCAAGAAGCAAUAGCUUGUCUGCUGAAAGUACAAAAAUUAUGUGACAAAUUUAUUAUGCUACAAAUUUAACAUGGAAUUCCUUCAUUUUCUAUAAAAAUGUCUAAAAAAAAGCAUUGCUACCUCUCUAGUCUUAGGUCUUUUGAACUGUCCGCUGUUUAGAUGAGUUUUGCUUCUGCCACACAAAGAAUUAUUACCAUUUGAUCCUAUUUGAUCUUCCUUCAGAACCACUGUUUGUUCUACAUUUGCCUGCAAGGGGAGGUAGCUUUCUUUAUAAAACUCAGAGUCUAAAGAGUUGAAGACUUGUGUGAAUGUACAAAGGUUUGGAUUGUAGCUGUUCCCACAGAGCAGCACCCCAGGGAGCACAUGGCCUGGAUAAAGACCUGUGCCAGCAGCCAGGUCCUUCGGGUGCUACUCAGCCCUCUCUGUUUGGAAGGACUUCUCCCUCCCUAGCGGCUUUUCUUCAAGGUUGAUGAAAGUGAAUGUUGUCCUUUUGGUCAUGAUGCCUUUAACUGUAGUUGUAGCUCAAAACUUUCUUCAGUAUUCAUAUCUAUUUACAUCUGUUUCCUAACAGAAGACAACUUCAAUAUUUUUAAGAGGAUGUCCUGAAAACCAACAAGAAAUCUAAGCAUGACAAGGAAAUAAAAUACCAUAAGAUCUAAGAGGAAAGGGUCCUUGCUCCAUGCAUGAGGGCAUCCAUUCUGUCCACUGCCUCUGAAGAGGUGUAGAGCAGCCUGCUUCUGGCAUGGGAUGGAAGGCUUUUUAAGUUGGUCUCAGCCAAGUUAUAUCUAAUUCUGGGAUUAGUUGAGAUAGUUCAUGCAAAAGCACCAGAAAACUUAAAACAGGGUUCUCUGGAGCUAGAAGCCAGAUGAGGGACAGGACCUUUUCAUAAAUGAGAGAAUAUGUCACAAGUAAAUAGCAACAAAACCUAACUUGGCAAUGAUGUGUCUGUGACUCUAUGUACUCAUCAUAGGGUUGAAUCUGGAGCCUGUGGGCUGCCUAGAUGGUAUUGGUGACUAGCACCAAUUAAGAGUUUAUAACAUAAAUGCCAUAUAAGAAAGAAAUAAAGAUCUUAAGUAAAAAUCUCAUUUCUCAAAGAAAAAAUGAUGCCUAUGAUUUUAUAAAAUUUAAAUGAUUAAAGAAAGAGUGCUCCUGAGAAAGGAUCUCAUAGCCUGGAGUGUGAGGCCUGAUCUGGAUUUAGUUCUGUCUGUCCUUCAGCACUGGUGUAUAUUCUAUAUAAGCUCCUAGUUCACUCAGCUCACUUGAGUAGAAUGGGGAACCCUGAGUGAGUGGUUCUUUGCUGACCUCAGUUGUUUUUUGUGGGCCUGAGAUGCCCUAUGGGGUCAUAGCUCCUUUUAGGAAAUGUUUGUCCAAUGGCAGGUGAACCGUAGGGUCAUUAACACUUAGUAAGUUUGUUUUCUUUCUCUGUCACUGAUUCUAAGGUACUGUCUGUCUCACAUGUAUUCAAACAUACAGGUUGCUGAUCACCUGCUGUUCAAGUGGACUCUUAGGGACCCAAAGGCCCUUUGGAUUGUUAAGUGUGCAGCACCUUUUUUAGCAUCAGUAAACCCAUUAUUCCAGUUUUUGAAAAGUUAAUUAACAAGGACUGCAUUUUAUCUUUUAGAUGAUGAAAUCCAAAUUGCCUUUUGCUAUGGUAAAGCAGAAGGGCUUUCCUAACAUGCUUUCAGAGCUUUUAUUACUUCUUAUUGAUAAUUAUUUAGAAAGCUUUUUUUGGGUUUUGUUUUUGUUUUAAGAAACAUUGAUUCCUGUAUAUUUCAGCAUUUUUUGGUGACUGAGAUUGACUUUGCUCCCUUUAGGUACUGUUUUUAUUGUUUUGCUUAGACUAUUAGGAUUUUUUUCCCUGUUUUUCCUGCCAGUGAUGAAAAAUGGUCAUCUUUAGUAUACACGAAAAGUAUGUUUGCAUUUUUCCUUGUUGAGGAAGGGUAAGGGAUGUGCUCUCUGGGGCCUAAAUAUCAAGGAUGUACUCCCAGCAACCUCAUGUGUCUCAUCUUGUCAGAGUCCUGUGUGCUACAUCCACAUCCGUAUAUUUUUUCCUAGCCUCUUAGUUGUUCAGCAUUUAACAUAUAACUCUGGCAGUAUGUUGAACAUGAUAGCAUUUUAGGAGUACUUUGCUUUUACAAAACCACUGGGAUAGUGAAGUCCUAGUUUUCCUACAGGGACAUUGACAGUCACAUGAGCUAAGGAAACAGAUAGGCUGGAGGGUCUUCUGUUUUCAAGCCCUCCAGGUGAGGACACAUGGCCUGUUGCUGCAGCUGGCUGGACUGUGCCUCUGCAACCUACUCCCAAGGGCUCGCUGCUUCUGAGGACACAGCUGGAACAUGGUUGAGUCAAUAGAACAUUUAGAGACUCACGUAAUUUUGGAGAAGGGCAUACCUUUAUGGGAGUAUUAGCCAUAUGGCUAAAUGGCGACAGCUCUCACUUGGUCUUUCCUGUCCUCUUAGGCUAACAUUAUAGAAUCUGGCAGAGAUUAGGUGACUAUGAAGCACAAUGACAUUCUGUGGACUAAAGGGGUUUUUUUGUUGUUGUUGUUGUUUUGUAUUUUUUUCUCUUUCAUGCCCUCAGUAACUCAUACCUGGCUUUAAAUUAGGAAUAGCUGGGAGGAUUUUAAUCUGUACAAACUUUAAUAAAAAUUAUUUUGAAUUUUGGGAUUUUAGAAUGAUUGACUUAAUUUUAAAUUGUCUUAAUUCCACUCUUAAUACUUCACUGUGAUGUUAACUUGGAAGACCUGGUUGAGAUUAGUCUUUUAAUUUUAGAUCAUUAUAUCUACUGAGCACAGGAUUCUUAUCAUUUGUAAAUCUAAACCGUCUGUGAACGCACUUCUAUACUUCUUCCUUUAUGAAAGCAUAACUUAAACAUGAAAAUAAUGUUGGUUAUAGAAAUAUUUAUUGUUCAAGGUCUGUAAUUGUAUUUUAAAAUGAUGUAGUAUUCAACUUGUGAAGGGAUUUGUUUUGUCAAAAAAUUAAAAACUCAAUGUGUAUCAGCCCACAGAAGGGCAGGGGUCUUACUUUGUGGCCACAGUGGGGUAAUUUCAGUUGCAUUCUUUGAGCCUUCCUGAUGGCCACAUAGCUCCUGGCAGUGGGUUGGAAGAUGUCUACUGGGUCACAUGAUGUUUGGUAAUGCCAUCUUCAAAGUCCCUGUAAUAGAUGGAGACUGCACUUCCUGCUUCUGGAGGAAUGUGUAUCUAAGGCAGGUAGGCAACUUCGUACUAUCACAUACUGAGUAGAGAGUGGAGAAAGUAUUUUCAGACUCAAGACAACUUUGUAAAGUCAGGAACUAAGCUGCUUGGAAAUCAGUGCUACAAGCCUGACCUUGGUGGACACAGGAAGCCACAGGAAAAUUCUUGACAGUCUGUGUCCCAUCAAUCACUGCAUUUUUCUUUUUCCAAAUACAUCCUGUUGGAUAUUGAAUAGAUCAUAGAUGUUGUAGACUGAGAUCUGGGACUAUGUUGGGACCAUACAGGUGAUAUGGCACUUCCACAAAUGGCAUCUCCAAGUAAGCUGUCACCUGGUACACAUGGAGGUGGAGCCUGCAGCUGGAGUGAGGCGCACACUUGGCUCUACUUGCAGGUGGUUUGCUGUGCAGAGAGCUGAGGGACCCUCUUGACUGGGUAGGGGUUUCGUCCAUCUGUGGGGGAGGAUGUGGUUGGUGAAGGCGGACCUUCUACAAUCUGUCAUGGACUGUGAUAUUGUAAGGUCUAUAUUCUGUAUGUGGAUAACAGACCCAAUUAGGAAACGAGCCUUAUGUGUGUCGUUAACAUUUAUAUUUCCAUUCAAAAUAUGUAUUCGGUGUUUAUUUCCUCAAACAGACUUUGUUAAUUUAGGAAAUAUCUCCAAGUGGAAACGUGCUAACUUUCUGUAAAUCUUAAAUAAAAGGUGCUGUUCCUUCCUCUGA